AUGCGGCUAUCGAGUGAGUGGCAUCCUGUUUUACGGUCCGUCGGCGGCUCAACAGUCGGCCGCUUCUGCGAAUCGGUGGAUAUUGUCGCAAAUUGCCGCUUUCGCCACCCGCUGAAUAAUGCAUGCGAUAACAUAACAUCACGUCGCCGCCGCCGCCGCCCGCCGCUCGGAGCGGCCGCCUCGCCCGGCUCUCAUAGCCGAACCUUCACCACCGUCUUAGUCAGUCUAAGGGAUAAACCA